CCAGAGACGGAUUUCCGAACCAAGUGUAGCAAAUAGCCUGUACUUUGUUUACGUCCCGUUGGUUAGCUGACAGCUGUUGUAGCGCUUUCCCCACACAAACAGCCGUGUCUGCAAGCUUCUGGUGGGUGUCCGGUGCUUCGUAAACUUUCGAACGACUAUCCUGGAUGUCGAGGAUGGGAUGUUUUGUUGAAUGAAGGGGACCCGUUAGAUGCCGACAGGAGGAUGAACUCCAUCACCGGUCGGGUUCUCGCCAUCCCCGCCGCCUCUGUCACCAACUCUGGAGCUUCAUCCUCUCGAGCCUUACAUGUAGAGCUCACAUCCCAGCAGAGACGAUUGCGUCAUCUUCGGAGCAUUGCAGCCAGAAACAUUGUCAACAAGAAUGGUUCCCCACUGUUGGACACAUACUUCACCCUCCACCUCUGCAUAGGAGACCGCAUAUCUCGAGGUUUUUACAAGAGUGAAGUCAUACGAGACUCACUGAAUCCAACUUGGCGGAGCCUGGACUUUGGCAUGCUGCCAGACCUUCUGGACACCUCAGUGUCUUGCUUUGUGGUGAGGAUCUGGGGAGGACAGGAGGAACAGUAUCAGCUCCUCAUAGAAUGGAGGGUCAAUCUGGAUGGCCUCAGAUACACAGGACAGCAGAUUCGAUCCAGGAAUCCCAAUGAGAUCAUAUUUGGAUUGAAUGAUGGCUACUAUGCAGCUGACUUUGAUCAUAAGGAUCAGUCGGAGCGGAAGAAAAACAGUCUGCUUCAGGUCGACCAGAGUUCAGUCAGGAACUCCUACAGCGUUUUUUCUUUGCUCAGGCUUCACACAGCACAGAGAGCCAUCAAGCAGAACCAAGUGACAGUGCAGAAGAUUGGGAAGGAGAUUGAGGAGAAGCUAAGGACGACAGCAGCCUGCACAGAGCGGAAGAAAGAGCGGGAAUGCAUGCAGCUGCGUAUAGCCGUGCUGCGCAGUGAGCUGCAGCGUCAGAGGAAGGCGCUUGGCAGGGAGAUAGACCUGCGGCAGAAGGAGAGGGCACAGCUUCAGAAGAAAGAGGAAGCGUUCUCCGCUCAGCACGAGUGUCUGAAGGAAGAGAAAGAAUCCUUAACCAAGCUGCAGAAGGAAUGCACUGCCAAGAGAGAGCAGUUUCUCAAGUCCAACGCCCAGCUCACCUUCCGCUGUCGUCAGCUCCUCUCUGAGCUUUCCUACAUCUAUCCCAUUGAUGUGGCUAAUCAAUCAGAUUAUGUCAUCUGUGGAGUGAAGCUGCCAAACUCUGAAGACUUUCAAGCAAAGGAUGAUGGGAGCGUGGCAGUCGCCCUGGGUUACACUGCACACCUGGUCCUGAUGAUCUCGUGCUUCCUGCAGAUCCCGCUUAGAUAUCCAGUGAUCCACAAAGGUUCACGCUCCUCCAUCAAGGACACCAUCACUGACAGACUCACCGAGAAGGAGAGAGAAUUCCCCUUGUACCCGAGAGGAGAGCGGUUUCAUUUUGAAUAUGGGGUCUACUUACUGAACAAGAACAUCGCCCAGCUGAGAUAUCAACAUGGCCUGACCACCCCAGACCUGCAGCAGACACUACCCAACCUGAAGAACUUCCUGGAGCACGGACUGCUGGUCCGAUGUGACCGACACCAUGUCUCCAGCUCAAUCCCGGUGCCGUCCAAGUCCCAGCUCGGCGUGUCUGCCGCCUCAGAGAUAGGCUACCCCUACCACACCAGCUCCCCAGACCGAGGCCUGAGGAAAAGGGCGAGCUCGGAGGCAGAUAAGUACAAGCCAACCCCUCCACCCAGCUACAAUACAGCCAUGGAUGAAGGGCAGCCCCCCGUUGGCCUGGCACCACCCUUGCCUUCACCCAAACACCUGUCCUCCUCCCUAGAUGCCGGCAUGACCUCACUUAACCUGACCACGGAGGCCAUCGAGGAGGGAGAGCAGAGGGAAGAGACGGAGCAGGGUGAGGAGACAGAAGCGAAAGUAGAGGGACGCAGUAGCGCCAAUAGAGAGAUUGAUUUGGAUAAAGAAGAAGAGACUGAAGAACAACUACCCAGCAGCUCAGGGGUGUCUAACUCCUCUACAGUGCAGGAAACUGGGGAGGAAAAAGCGGCUGCUGUUCAGCACACAGGCACCAUGAACGGCUCUGUGGUACCGGGACAGGCGCCCGUUAGCCUGGUCCCAGAGCUGCGCUGCUCUGUGGAGCAAGCUGAGGAAAUCAUGGGCACGGAGGCCACUGGCUUAGGCCUGGGGAUGGGGGUAGUGAUGGGGUUAGGGUUAGCAGAUGAGGCCCGGCUGGAAGACUAUCGCCGCAUCCCUGUGGACCACGCGGUGGCUGUGGAGUGUGACGAACAGGUUCUGGGCGAGCUGGACGUGGCCGGAUUUGAGGAGUUCUCCAGGCGCAUCUAUGCACUAAAUGAGAACAUGUCCAGCUUCCGCAGACCACGCAAGAACUCUGAUAAGUGAGGCCGAGGACCUAAGGAGAGAGGGAGGCAUGGAAAAAGUUGCACAGGGGGUUUGGACAAAUACAAGGCAGGGAGUUGAACUGAGACGACAAAGGUGGGGUAUUCACCUCCUAAUCGCAGCAUCAAAAAUCAUAGGAGCUGAUCUGGAAAAACGACCAAUUUGCACUUAUUGUAAACAUUUCCAUAAUAAUCUUUGAAAUGAAUACAGUUAAAAGUGGAAGUAUUGGAACAGUGAGCUUAACUUUUAUUUUUGAUGCCAGCGUCAAUCUAUUUUUUAACAAUGGAUACAGAACAAUAAUUCAGGCAUUUUUUAUUCACAAAAUGAUUUGGCCUCAGUGUUAAAAAUCACCCCCUAGGAUUUAGUGUCGUCCACACCAGGGACCAUUCAUGUAUCACUUUCUUUUCAAACCUUUACUGCGAUACAAACCCUUUACUUCCUGUGCAAAACAUCAUCAUCUCUAAACUGCUUUUAAGAUUCCCAUCCACAGCCAAGAUGCAGAAUCAGUACACCAGGGUAGAAAAUGCUUCAGUGCAGCAGCUCCAAAUAAAAAACUACUGCUUGCUUCUUCAUUUGCACAGUUUUUUUUUUUUUUUAAAUGAGAUUUUAUGAAUUAACGAAUCAGUAACACAGAGAACAGAUGCACACUGUUUUAUCACAGUGAACUGUCUUCUAUCAGAGAGCCUGCUGUCCCAGUACUUACACCUUUGACUGCACAAGCAAACGUUUAGAUGCUUCCCAGGCCUUCAUUCAGAGUGCAUGGCAGUGGGCGUGUGCUGCAGGGAGGACACAGCCAUGUAUGUGCGUGUGUGUCAGGGCUUCACAUUAGCAUGCAACCACAGUCACACAAUCACAGUUAGGUUUCACGUAAGCUCACCAAUGACCUUUGAGCAGGAUUUUACUACCACAAAGUGAGGUGGGAGCUGGAACCAGUAGCCCAAUCAGAGACUCCCUAACUGUGACACGCUGCAUCUCCUCCUCCUCAACAGCUCAACCCACUGGUCAUCCUCCACGCACGCUCGAGUGUCUCCUUCAGGUUCAAAGAUGAGGAUCACAGGAGUGGCAGGUCGGAGCUCACAGCACAUGGCAGGGAUACGGUGCAAUUGUUUUUCUGUCUAUCUCCAUGUCCUCUUUUUUUCAAUUUUAAUGUACCCCAUCAAUAUUAACUUCAAUGUUAAUGUUACAUCCUCUGAUUCUCAUAUUCAGUCGACCAAAAGUUAAAUUCUGUGUCUGUGUUCCGUUGGGAUUUCUCACUCAGGCUCCACUGUAUGUGUUAAUAGCAAGUGUCUCAAUCCCAUCGUCUGUGAUUUUGUCCCGUGUCUCCCUGUUGCUUUCUUGCACUGGUAUUCAAUUAUUGCGUUAUUUAUGUCUGUCAACAGUUGUGUGCGUUUUGUUUUCAAAGGAAAUCAAUAAUUAGUUGUUUUUUUUUCCCCAAUCACAUGGUGUGUCAUUCAUUCAUACUGACAAAUGUUAGACUGAUAUGAUAACCGGUUAGCGGGUCCUGAUGUGUCGACAGCUGCUUUGCAUCACCUGCCAUGACAAAGAUGGACUCUCCACCAACAGCCCACUUUGUGUUUCAGAUCCAGUUCUGUGGUUGCUGACUGUUGAGUAUUGUAUUUAAAACUAAAAGGUGAACCAUGUUAGAUAAUUUCCAUAAACUGCUAUACAGUUCA